AUAAUCUAGUAAACUUUUAGUGGAAGGUAUUUGGCUCAUCAUUUACAUUACAUGUUUCAUCUGUAAAGGAGAAAUAUGAACAUUCCGCUCAGCGCACUUCGUCCGGGUUUCGUACCACCUAAUUCUUCAUCAAACGGAAGCACCUUCCUCAUCCGUCGUGAUUAUUUAUCCAAGCUAGAAUGGCCGAACUUGGUCCAUGUCAUAUACCCCGUCAUAAUACCGAUGUUGCUAAUUCUUGGCAUCAUCGGGAACUCGUUGACAAUUGCUGUGUUGUGGCACAAAAAGAUGCAGUCCUCGACAACAAUCCUGUUGUUCCGAGCCCUCGUUAUCACGGACAUGGCGGUCACUUUGGUAUGGUCACUGAAUGCAGUUUCGGAAUAUUAUCUUUUCCAGAUACCGGAAGGUAAUUCCUAUUACCUGGACGUGUUAUACCCGUGUAUUUACAUUGUUCUUCUCUAUGUUAUAUACUUCUUUCGUGGAAUCAACAUCUGGAUCACAAUAACGCUUUGCGCUGAAAGGUUCAUCUUCGUCUGCGUAUUUCACAAAGCAAACGUUCUUUGUACCAAGAAAAGGGCCACUAUUGUCCUUGCAAUCAUUGUAGUUUUCUUCUUCGUGUUCAGCAUCCAGCAACUUAUUGAAUUUGAACCAGUUAGUUAUCCAUGCUACGGUGAACUGUGUUACAUUAAUUAUUUAACUGUUGUUGGAAAAGCAUUUUAUGAUUCAAAGGUACCAUUUUGGUUAAACUUGCUAAUGUACAACAUUUUACCGACUCUUCUGCUUGGAUCGCUUAGUAUUCCUAUUAUAUGUAAACUCUGUAUAACAUACCGGAAGCGUGUUAGGAUGAUGAGUACAUCGCCAGGAACUCUUCAGAGCAAGGAGACGAAUGUGACUAUUGUGCUUCUUCUGAUCGUUUUGUUUUCAGUGUUGUCCAACCUGAAUGGUCCCUUCCUUGUGGCGGUAUACGUGUACAAUGUAUACAAGGCCGGUUUCGUUGAUCUUAUCUGUGUAUUUAACACCAUCGUUAUUCUCAACUCGUCCAUAAAUUUCAUCAUUUAUGGUGUAGUUGGGAUGAGAUUUCGGAAAAUCUUGAUCAAGAUAUUGAAACAAGCAUACUACAAAGUGCUUAGGAAAAAUGCACCCGCCAAAGAUAAAUCUAGACCAAUGAGAGACGAGAAUGCUUCAAGCGACAACGGCUUGGAGUUGACAUUAAACGACACUUCUGUUUACAAAGGGAUUUAGGUCGGUGAUAGUAAAAUCAGCGCGACUACCUGUUACCACAUUUUGUCUACAGUAAAUUAUUGGAUAUUAUUCAGAUAACACCUAAUUCUGUUCCUUCUUCCAUUACAACAUUGGAAUAAGAUUGUACAACAGAAACACAAGUACAUAACAUAUAAUCAUACAACUUUUGUGUUAGAUACAGUAGAGCAAAAACAAUGGAUUUUACAACUGUUUCGUCCUUUUAGGACUCGUCAAUGAUGCUAAGCCUAAAUUUUGAUGCCAAGGAGUUGACUGUGGGUAAUCCAAAGUGAUCGAAAGAAAAGUCAAAAUCUAGAUGGAGUAAAACGUGACAUGCAUCUUAUAGCAAACCUCGGGGACUAAAGGUCUCCAGCAGGGUCUCUCACCUGCAAUUUUAAAGAUUGUACAUAACUCAUAAAAGUGAAUAAUACAUUUUAACACAAAUUUAUUAGAAGAGUUCCUUUUGUUAAAAUAAAUCAUAAUAUCAAAGACUGUAUAAAAGGCGCGCAAGUGAAUAUCACCUUUUCAUGUAUAAACUAAUGGUACUAACAUUGUAUAUUGUUUAUUGUGUAUUUUUGUUAGUUAUAUUCUAACUCAACCUUUCGUUGAUAAUUAGUAACUUAUUCUCAGUGUUUUAAUGUUUGGUGAGUAUAGGUUAGUUUAACAGAAUGGUCCAGGUGUAAAGUGUUGGUGGUUGGACCAUAAUUCUAGAUCGUUACCUUUAAACAUUUUUUUCUAAUACGUAUUGAAUUAUACCAUGGAAAAUAUGACCUUAAUUAAUGUCUAAAAAAAUGAAGUUUAUAAAAUGGUCGGUUAUAUCAUGGAGACCGUAUACCGCAGUUUAAAGUAAAUUUGAUAAUAGAUUAACAUAAACAUUAUAUCCCGGAAAUGAAUAAUUUACUGGGAAGGGAAAACAUGACGCACUUAUUGAUUCCUCUCAUUAUAUCCAUAAUAAACACUCAUGGCCCAAUAUUCCUGUCAGUAUGGAGGAGCAAGUGUACCGUAAGUGUAUUAAUUCAGUUAAAAUAUUUCUAAAUUUUACAGAUCAGAUUAUUUUGUAUUUUGAAUUAUAUACCAAAUUAAGUAAGAGUUAUCUCCCUUCUAAGGUUUCUCUGUGUAUAUAUCUGUAUGUGUGUGUCAGGGUGUGUAUGGGAGAGAGGGUGUGUAUGUGCGUGUGAGGGUGUGUGUAUAUAUGUAUGUCUAUAUGUGUGUUUGUAUGUAUGUAUCCACUGUAAGUUACUGUAUGUUAUACAUGUACAUGUAAGUAUGUAGGUUUGUGAGUGUGAAAGAGAGGGAGUAUGUAUGUGUGUUUGAAUCUGAUCAGUGUAACUGUAAUUAACCACCUGUGUUGUCCCAGGAGAAGACUUAUAUAGGCACUAGCCUGCUGUCUAAUCCUAUUAAUACUUUGUAUUAAUAAAAUGUUUUGAAAUGAAAUAAACUUC